AGCUCAAAGAGCGCAGAGCACGCGCGCACACGCAAACAGCGGCCACACAGUAGCACACAUCGGAGAUAUUUCUAAGCGCACGAGCAUGUGCCGAGAGCGCGUGCGGGAGUGUUUGUGCACGCACUGAGUAAACUUUAUUUAAAAAACAAACAAACAGACAAACCUCAGGACUAUUACUGUGUUACCUUUUUCUCUUACCAGUUUGUUUUUGGACACUAAAAUGGUUCAGAAAGCGAGCGGAGUCGGAACGGAGAGCCUCGAUCCGUGCGCGAUGGACGCAAACCCAGGCUCAGAGAUGUUCGCUGUGAAACUGGAUGAAAAGCUGGUGGACCCAGGCUGGUGCAAGACACCCAGCGGGCACAUCAAGCGGCCCAUGAACGCGUUCAUGGUGUGGUCUCAGAUCGAGCGGCGCAAGAUCAUGGAGCAGUCGCCGGACAUGCACAACGCGGAGAUCUCCAAGCGGCUCGGCAAGCGCUGGAAGCUGCUGAAAGACGCCGAUAAGAUCCCGUUCAUCCGGGAAGCGGAGCGUCUGCGCCUCAAGCACAUGGCUGACUAUCCGGAUUACAAGUACCGGCCCAGGAAGAAGGCCAAGAGCGUGAGCGCGGGCACCAAAACUGGCUCGGAGAAAACGAGCGCCGGUGUGAAGUCUCACAGCAAAAAGAGCGCAAAGGCAUCCAAAACGCACAGAUCGAGCGCUAAAGCGGUGCCACACGAACACAAAGCGAAAAAGUACGUAUUCGGGAGCGCCGGAGAAGGAAGUGUGCCUGCCAGCCCGACCCUGAGCAGCUCGACCGACCUGAGCGACGCGCCGAGCCUGUACGAGGAGACGCACCGGUGCGCAUCGGCUACGCGCGCGGCUUCUCCCUCGCCGUCCGCCUCGCGCAUGUCGCACUCUUCAUCCUCAUCAUCCUCAUCAUCCUGGUCAUCCUCAUCGGACGAGGAGUUCGAGGAGGACAUGCCCGAGGUGAGCCAGGCGAGCCCUGGGUUCGACAGCAGCUCAUUGGGCAGCAGUUUCGGCUCCUCCUGUUCAGCGCUCGACCGCGACCUCGACUUCACCUUUGAGUCCGGCGUCGGCUCGCACUUUGAUUUCCCCGACUACUGCACCCCAGAGGUAACCGAGAUGAUCUCACGGGACUGGCUCGAGUCUACUAUUUCCAAUCUCGUGUUCACGUAUUGAAAGCAAACGUGGAAGCUCAAACGUCGCAUUACAUUGCAUUGCAUUGACACGCGGAAGAUGCAAGAAAAUGAAACAAAGGUUUCAUCUGAUGUUGCACGGGGCGCGCGAUCUAAACGGGCACCCAUUAAUCUGCAAAAAUCUGCAAAAUCACCGAGAUGCACUGACUAGAGAGCAAGAGCUGCAUUGCAUUACUCUACAUUGCAUUGCAUUGCUUUGCAAACAUCAACCUGGAUUGAGGAGGAGUGAAUGCACGAGCUGCAUUGCAUCACAUUGCAUCAAAAACAAACAAAAUGGACUGCAUCCCUAUAGAGGACUAAACAAGCUGGAGAGGAAAAUGAAUUAAGAAGUUAAUAUCCUGUUCAAUUCGAUCUUUUGACCAGAAGUUUAAAUAUGUGCUAAAAAUUGAGAUGCGUUAACUUGACAAGCGAGAGGGACUGAAUGGAGCACGUGCGUUGAUGCAUUGCAUUGCUUUGCAAGCGUCAGCUUGGACUGAAGAGAAGUGCAUGCACGCACCAGUUGCAUUGCAUUAAAACAAACUGGACUGCACCCUUCAGAGGACUAAAACGAGCCCAUGGAGAGAAGAACAUCCAUGUUAGGACAGAAAUCAAGAUUUUAUUGCAAAAAAACAAAACGAAACAAACAAACGAAAAACACUUAUGAACUGGAAACUGUGAUUUGCACGAAGGUGGACACAUUUUUUCAAAGAAUUUCCACUUAAGACAACCAAACCACGUGAAUUAAAAGGUACAGAAAUAGAGGUUAAGAGGUUUUGGAUUUAAGAACAUAAACAAGGUGGGUUGACUUUUGGGUGAACCUUUAAAAAAAGAAAAGAAAACUGAUCAAGCAUGUUCUCUGUCCUGUGAUGUUUGACCAGUUUGUGGACCAUUAGGGUUCUUUGACAUUUAAAACUAAUCACCAGCUCUUUUUCAUGAACUUUAUAAAUUUCAGGAUUCAGAUUCAGAUUCAAAUCUGUACUGAACUUUUCUAAAGAAACCAGGACCAAAACUCUCCUGCUCUGUCCAUCAUUUUUGUGUUUGUUUGUUUUUUUUAGAUGCCAUUUUUAUAUAUAUGGAUGUAUUUAUAUACCGGCCAAGCAUUGCAUUUUUUAUCAACUCCUUUUGUUGGUUGGCACUCCUUCUCCCAAAAAGAAGGGCUAGAGUUUUUCAUUUUUUAUAUUUAAAUGUAGACUUUUGACACUUAAAGAGAGCGUUUGAUUAUUUUCUCAGUGUAUUUUUGUACAAAUCUAUAAGAAAAAACUAAAAAAAAAAAAAAAAGAAAGAAAGAAAGAAAAAAAGGGGGCGUGCUGAUCUGUGUAGACUCUAUCGGCUGUUUCUGCUUUUCGAUUUCCUAUUUUAUGGAUUCAUGGCAGGUUGGUUAAAGAGGAAUGGUCACGCAAUGAUUGAAAUAACACCACAUUAACAGUAGCUUUAUACAUAAUGUACUGGACUAUUGUUUUACAGAUGACAGCUUAGUAACUACAUUUCCCAGAAUGCAUUUGCACUGAAAUCACACACUUCCUAGUUUAUUCCACCACGUGUUGUUCCUGUAGGUUGCUGGAUAUAAACACAAUGUUAUCUGAAUCAGCUUUUUCUGUAUCAACUGAUUCAUGCUGUAGAAACAAACAAUGAUGUUAUUGUGUCUGUAUUUCGUGCCACCACGUGUAUUUUUCGGCACUUAUCUCAUAAUUAACAAAAGCGUUUUCAGAAGCAAAAUAUUCAAUGUU